AUGUCCGGCCGCAACUUCACCCCCCCACCCGGCCGCAAGAUAAUAACCCCAAAAUCCAAAAUCAACAACCCAAAAGCGCUCCCAACCCUCACCGGCGCACCGGGCCCAGCCGGAUCCACCACGCAGUUUACGUUCAGCAGCCCCGGGUCGAGUCCGCCGGCGGCGGCGCUGAAGGGGUAUGGGGAGACGAAUGUGACGGCAACCCCAGCUGUUGGCAGUGGCAGCCUCUUCGGAACGCGAAAGACAAGCGCCGCUACUGCUUCCGGAAGCAUGUUUGCGACAGCUUUCGGCGCGGGUAAGAAUCCCUCUGUGCGUGCGGGCGCCGGCGGGCGAUCUGGAGCAGCCCCGCCGCUGUUUGGCGGGCCUGCGCCGCCGGUAUUUGGGGGACCGCCGGCGUCGACGUCGUCGAGUCCAUUCAGCUCGCCGUUUUCAGAGGCUCCAAAGACCAACAUAUUCGGGGGACCUGCGGCGAACCCGUUUAGUGCGCCGAAAGAUGCUUCUGGAGCGCCGUUUGUGAACCCGUUUGCGACAGCGUCCGCGCCGCCGCUGCCGGUAUAUAAUCCGUCUUUUUCACCGUCGUAUCCUACUGCUGCUCAGGUGCCGCCGGGGCUGGCGGGGGCGACGAAGGGAUAUAAUCCGUUUGGUGCGCCGCCGGUGUAUAACCCGUUCGCCGCAGCUUCUACUACCAACGCCGCGGUGCCAGCGCCUGCUGUGGGGCACUUUAAUACGCCGUCGCCUUCUGCUACGUAUAAUCCGUUUGCUGCACCUAGCAUCACCACUACUAAUGCUCCUGCUACAUACAAUCCAUUUGUUGCACCUACAAUCACCACUGCUACUCCUGCUACUCCUGCGACAGUCCCAGAAACUACAGACAUAUCUUCACUAAUACGACGAAUAAAGCAACAUAUCCCUCCCGCUGGCCAGCCCGCACCUCCCAAAAACCCCUUCAACCCACCGGCCACAAACUCCUUCAACCAACCCACCACAAAUCCCUUCAACUCACCCUCCACUCCGCCCCCCCUUCCUACAUACAAACCAUUCAUUGCACCAGUACCACCUAACACUGCCACUACGACUCCCGAUAUUAUAGCCCCGGACUUUGCAAACCUAGCCGCCAUCAUGCACGAGUUACAACGACCACUCCCGCCCACUCAGCCCGCUCAGUCCGUACCUCCCGCAUUCCUGUCACAGACUACAACCACCAAUACGACUACACCAGCGGGUCUACCUCAAGGCCACGGGAGCGUCAAUGCCGCUGCCACCACUUCUACCACACCCGCGGGGUGGCCGCCGGGCUUCGGGGCCGUUAAUGCAGCUUCGACGGGUUCUGGUGGGAGUACGCUUUUUGGGCAGGCGCAGAACGCUGCACCUGCGUCUUCGGCGGGUUCUAGUAGCAGCUCACUUUUUGGGCAGGCUGUUCCUACACCUACACCUGCCGCUCCUGCCCCUGCGGGAGGGGUGUUCUCGAGUGUAUUACCUACAGCAGCUGCUGCUACGACGGAGUUUACUUUUGGAAAAGCCCCGGCCCUGCCGCAGGCUGAUGUCCUGGUUUCUCCUACUGAUACUGGAGCGCCUUCUGACCCUGCAAGCUUGUUUCAGACAGCUGCGACGAAAUCAAUCCCCGCUCCUACAGCUACCGCAACUCUAGCACCAGCACAAGCACCUCCCCCCACCGCCCUCUUCUCCGCUAUCCCCCCCGUCCCCCCAUUCCCCCGCACCGCCGCCAACCCACCCACCCCCACCACUUCCACCUUCCCCCCUCUCCCCCCUCUCCCAACGUACCUAACCCCCACCUCCUCCCUCUCAGACGCAACCACAGACUGGACCGCCACCCUCGAAGCCCACAAACAGACAUUCACGUCCCACGGCGCCCUUCUCCGGAACUGCGACACCACCCUCCUCACCGCCCGCGACGCCAUCAACGACCUCACGCUCGCCACAUCCUCCGCCGAGGCGCAGUCCGCCACGCACAAUCGCGCGCUCGACCGCCUGGCCGCCGAGCAGGCGCGUAUGGAGGAGGUGCUGGACUGGUACGAGGCGUUCAUCGGCGCGCAGGAGCGGGCGCCGGCGCCGGUCGAUGCGGAGCGGGAGGGGAUGCUGGGUGGACUGCUGGGCACCAGCGAGAGGGUAGAGGAGAUGGUCAAUGGCGCCGAGGAGAUGGUGGGCGUGUUGAAUGAGGCGGGGGAGAGGAUGCGGGGGGUGGGGAAUCCGUUGGCGGCGGUUGUGACGAUCCUGAACGACCAUUGGGCGACGCUGCUGUGGGUGGAUGGGCAGACGGCUAUGCUUAAUGAAAAAGUCACAGAAGCAAAAGAGGCCGCCGCCCGUAGCGUGCCCGACGUCGAGGGAGACGUGCAGUUCCGCUCCUCCGCACGGGUACCAUGGGCCGAGUGA